AUGAGGGGAUGAAUGUACUGAUCACAGGUCCGAACGGUUGUGGGAAGAGUUCUCUGUUCAGGAUCCUCAGUGGACUGUGGCCUGUUUAUGGAGGAGUUCUGUAUCGUCCAGAUCCUCAGCACAUGUUCUACAUCCCUCAGAGGCCCUACAUGUCAGAGGGAACCUUCAGGGACCAGGUGAUCUAUCCAGACUCAGUGGAGGAGAUGGUGCAGAGAGGAAUCACUGAUUCACACCUGGAGGAGAUUCUUCACACUGUUCACCUGGUCUACAUCCUAGACCGAGAGGGAGGUUGGGAGUCUGUCAGCGACUGGAAGGACGUCUUAUCUGGAGGAGAGAAACAGAGGAUGGGGAUGGCUCGUAUGUUCUACCACCGCCCUCGUUACGCUCUGUUGGACGAAUGUACGAGCGCCGUCAGCAUCGACGUGGAGGGAAACAUCUUCCAGGCUGCAAAGGAUGCUGGGAUAGCGCUGCUCUCAAUCACACACAGACCGUCCCUGUGGAAGUACCACUCUCACCUGCUUCAGUUUGAUGGAGAAGGAGGAUGGAGGUUUGAACCUCUGGAUGCCUCCACUCGUCUAUCUCUGCAGGAGGAGAAGCAGCGCCUGGAGAACCAGCUCUCUGGGAUUCCUAAGAUGCAGCAGAGACUGAUGGAGCUGUGUGUCCUGCUGGGAGAUAGAGAGGGGGAGGAGGGGGAGGAGGAGAAGGGGGGGUCUCUCCCCUGAGUUUUAACUGUGAUUUAAGAACUGUGCUGUUUUACUUGUUACCAUGGAAACAAGCAACUGUUCAUGUGACUGAAACUGAUGUUCAAGUGGUCUGAUGUGGUCUGGUCAGAUCUGGUCUUGUUCAUGUUUAGUGAAUUUUAUUUGUAAGCUUCAGAUUCAGUCACAUGAUUUGAGGUCAGAGGUCACGUGAUUUUUAAAUGUUUGUACUGAUAGAAUCAAUAUUUUAUAUAUAUUAUAUUAUUCACAUAUUAAUCACUUGAUCAAUAACCAAUGAAUCGAUAAACAAGAGGAAGAGUUGAAUGUGAUGAAGAUGAAAUAAAUU